AUGACUGAUUCGACAACGUCCGUCCCAAAUGAAAUAGAUGAAUUGGAGAAACGACUGAUAAAAAUGGAUUUUAAAUUGGAAACAGCAAAAAAGGCAAGAGAUGAAUAUGUAAAUUUCCUACGACAGAAAUAUCCUAGUUGGAAACCACCCGAAAUGCAAAUAUACAAGCAGUUAACAUCGAAUCAAUUCCAACGAUCAAUCUUAGACAACCUUGCAACGAACAAAUAUCACUGGGAUCUUGGCAAACAAUUUGUUGCACCAUGUAAGGAACCAGAACUGAAUAAUCUUGAGCCAAAUGAUCCAAUACCAUCAUAUGGGCCAGCGCUGGAACCCGAUUUAAUUAAAAUCAAAAAACGAUUAAAGGAGAUAGCAGAAGAUUUGGAAAACUUGCGUGAGCAUCGACUUCACUUAUCAACCGUUGAUUAUUAUCUUUCACUGGGACCUGAAUUUUGUUCCUCCAAAAGUCAACAAAUGCCUUGGAAGCGAGCAGAAAGGUCAAAUAUGGGUCAGCUUAAAAGUUUGUACGAAUUGCGCAAGGAAAUCAAUCAAAUUGCUCCAUGCGUUUCAUUGGAUACUCCACGACCAAGUGCUGAAGAUUAUGAACAUAUGCGUAUGGAAUAUUUGCAAAGAAACACUAACACUGUAGAAGAAGGAAAAAGUGAUAAUCAGAAUGAAGGAAACUUUGAACAGUCACUUAUCAAUAAUAUGAAAAAUUCAAACGUACUUUCGACAGAAUAUCCGAAAGAAUUAAUAACAUCUGAUCUCUCUCAAACGCUCGAUGCACAAAGAUGCGAUCAAAAAUCGUCGAGUCAGGCAAUAAUGACUGCAAAAUCGAGAUCUAUGAAGAUAGAAAACACAUCGCAGACUUCACAUUUACCACACACUACAGAUGAUGGAUUUAAUUUCCUAGUUAAAAUCUUAGGAAGUUCAGCAGAUGAUGUUGCUAAUAAAAAAUCAACAUUUAAUGAUGAAAUGUUGAAAACGAUUGAUCUGAAUGCUGAUGAUUCCGAUUCUGAUUUCUUUGCUUGA